AAGCAUGCAUUCAACGAUCCCCUCACAUACACUGAAUUAAAGCCUUCUUUUCCAACAUGGAGGGAAAAACCAUGGAGAUCAUGAAUGUGUUAUUAUACUUGAUUAUGAACGUUUCUGAUUCUGCAAUAAACUUCCCAACUUAUGCAAAAACAAGUUCCCCCAGAAAUUACCACACUUGCUUUUGAAAAGUACUAGAUGCUUACAGCUAAAGCUUACUCAAAAUUCACUCCAAAAAUAGCAUUUUUGCUAUAUACACUUAGAAAAGUGUACACACUCUAUACUGGAGUAUAGCCCUUGUUUUCAAUAUUUGGUUCACAGUGCAACCCUGUACCUGUUUAUUUGGACUUAAAUCUCGUUGUUUCCUGGGGUUUACUCCUUAGCAAGUGCGUUUAAGGGCACGAUCAACAUUAGAGUUAAGAUCCUUGAUAGCAAAAAGGCUUUAUGAGUUACAAACCAAUACACUUGUUACAGCAGCCAAUUAACAUACACUUCCGUUGAGAAGACACAGAGACGGUUUAAGUCAGUGUAUUUACCCUUCAGACACACACCCACAUGGUGCCUAAAAUUAACCUGCCCGGGCUCCAAGUAUUAUUACCGAGUAUGUAGGGCAGGCUGCGAAUGCUGGAUGCCGAGUGUCUAUAGCAGGCUUGCAAGUUUGAGGGCCCUCAAUUUGGUGGGUGGGGAUCCCUUUCCACACAAAGGAAGCUGCACGUGCAGGAAGUUUUGGUACAUAACAGUUUUUCCCUCUUUUUCAAUGGCGCCGCAUUUAAAACUGCACCUGCGGCCUGACGCGCGGGUGGCGGGGGCGCUUCCCAGCCGCAGGCUCUGCUGCCUGUCUCUGUCUCUGCUUGUAACCCUCCGCCCUUUUCUCCGCAGCGUGCGCCCCCGCGCCUUGGAAGAGGUGCUCCCGGCCGGCGUGCCCCCGGUGCAGGGCUUGCUGCUGCUGCUGCUCUCGCUGCUGGCCGCCUUCCACGCGGCCAGGCUCCUGCUGCAAGAGCGGCGGCGGCGGCGGCGGCGGAGGCUGGAGCCGCCGGGCCCGUUCCCGUGGCCGCUGCUGGGCAACGCGGCUCAGCUGGGCAGCGCCCCUCACCUGGCCUUCGGGCGCCUGGCGGCCACCUACGGCCACGUCUUCCAGCUGCGCCUGGGCGGCUGGCCCGUGGUGGUGCUGAGCGGCGAGCGCGCCAUCCGCGAGGCGCUCAUCCGCCAGGGGGCCGCCUUCGCGGGCCGCCCGCCUUUCCCCUCCUUCCAGCUGGUGUCGGGCGGGCGCAGCUUGGCCUUCGGCGGCUACUCGGAGCUGUGGAAGCUGCAGCGGCGCCUGGCGCACUCGACGGUCCGCGCUUUCUCGGCGCGCCGCCUGCUGGAGCGGCCCCUAGUGGCCGAGGCGCGCGCCGUGGUGCGGCUGCUGGUGCGUGCCUGCGCCGGCGGCGCCUUCGUCGACCCGUCGAGGAGCCUGGUGGUGGCCGUGGCCAACGUCAUGAGCGCGCUGUGCUUCGGGCGCCGCUACAGCCACGCCGACGCCGAGUUCCGGCGCCUGGUGGGCCGCAACGAGCAGUUCGGGCGCACGGUGGGCGCGGGCAGCUUGGUGGACGUGCUGCCCUGGCUGCAGCGCUUCCCCAACCCGGUGCGCUCCGCCUUCCGCGCCUUCCGCUCCCUCAACCACGAGUUCUACAGCUUCGUGCGCCAAAAGUUCGUGCAGCACCAGAGCAGCCUCCGCCCGGGCGCCGCCCUCCGCGACCUCAUGGACGCCUUCCUCCGCCUCCAGCAGGCGCAGCCCGCGCUGCCCUUGGAGCACGUGCCCGCCACCGUCACCGACAUCUUCGGCGCCAGCCAGGACACGCUCUCUACCGCCCUGCAGUGGCUCUUGAUCUUCCUCAUCAGGUACCCAGAGGUACAGGCUAAGCUGCAAGAAGAGAUUGAUAAAGUUGUCGGCAGGGACCGCUUGCCUUCUGCUGAGGACCAGCCCCACUUGCCUUACGUCAUGGCCUUCCUUUACGAAUCCAUGCGUUUCAGCAGCUUUGUGCCAGUUACCAUUCCCCACUCCACUGUGGCUGACACCACCUUAAUGGGCUACCGCAUCCCCAAAGACACCGUGGUCUUUGUCAACCAGUGGUCAGUAAAUCACGACCCGGUGAAAUGGCCUUCCCCAGAGGAGUUUAACCCAUUGAGAUUCCUGGAUGAGAAUGGAUUCCUUAACAAAGAUCUCACCAGCAGUGUGAUGAUUUUUUCGCUGGGCAAACGUCGGUGCAUUGGGGAAGAGUUAUCUAAAGUGCAGCUCUUCCUCUUUAUUGCCAUAUUCGUACACCAGUGCAAUUUCAGUGCUAAUCCAAAGGAAGACACGAAAAUGGAUUUCACCUAUGGCUUGACUAUUAAACCCAAGCCGUUUGAACUCAACGUCACACUUCGAGAUAACAUGGAUUUGCUGGAUAGCACCGUACAGAGACUUCAGGCAGAAAAGGAUUCUGAAAAUUGCCUCCCAGAUAUGUAAACAUUGAAGUCUGAACACUGUCUGUAGUCCUCUUCUAAGGAUCAUUUGCCUUUGCCUCUUUAUAUUUAAAUGAAACACAUUGAAAUAUAAUGUAUUCUGGAGAGGUAGUAGCAUGAAAAUGAAGUAAAACAAUGCAUUAUUUUUCAAAUAUGGAUUUGGUUUUAACCAUUGGUAUUUCAUUACCUCUGCAUUUCUUGCCAGGCAGAAGCAAAAAGGGCAUUCUCCAAAGUUGUUUUAAAAAAUCUGAAGUUCUUUUCACAGUAGUGUUUAGUUUGGGAUUGCCUUGCUACGUUUACUCAUCGAGCAUCCACAUGAUGGUGCCAUCCAAUCAUUGUCAUCCUAUCCUAUAUUUUCCUGCAGUUCUUCAGUCUUUUCUCAGACUGCAGGAAGUCUGACUUUGCAGAAGACGACCUCUGUACCAGUGGAGAUUGUGCUGCUCUUCCGUCACUUUAGAAAGGGCAGAAUUUUGACACGACCAGUUUGAUGUAUGAUGCAGUUGAAUCAACACAGCACAAUUCACUACUGUUGCAGGCACCAUUUUAUCAUCCCAGUUACACAGUCUUUUUAAUUAGCACAUUUUAAAUGCUUUACAAGGGUUUAUGUCUAUUAUUGUUAUUGUUUUUAUUACAUUGGUGAAAUACCACUUAAGUGAAAGUGUGCAAGCACUAUAAUGCUAAAAUUUAAAAUAUGAUGGGGUGAAGUCCCUUUCUAUCCCCAGCUAUCUGGGCAACAAUUUUUUUAUCCUUUUUAAAUAAAAAAUGGUGCUUUACCAUCUGAUACAGCUACUCCCUAUACUGCCCAAGGUACAAGUUGGAAUUGUAGCUGUGAAUGACAAUUGUAUUUCAGUGCCUUGGUUAUAAAAUAUUUCUCCAUUGACAUUCCAGAUGUUUUUGUCUGAAGAGAUUUUAAAUAUAAGCACAAUUUCAUUCUCAAAUAUUAUUGACAUUUUCUAAAGUAAGCAGGCACUCAUUGUGCAUUGCGUCUGUUAUAACAAAUCUUGAUUGAGGCAGUGAUGUUAAAAGAUGUUGAAUAAAUCGUCUGCUUACCUCAGACUAUCACACAUAGGGAUGUAAGGCAAUGUUUUAAAGUAAUAUUUGGGAAAUAAUUGCAUUUGACAACCUAGGUUUUAUUGGUUGAGUGCUCUGUUAGUGCACUCAUUGAUAUACAUUCAUAAAUAGGGAUGUUAUUAAUUUGGAUAAAUGCAUAUAUAUAAAUAAUAUGGGAAGUGCUAAUUAAGGUUGGUUCUGCAUUUUAAAACAAUUUGAAUAAAAAACUGGAAGCACUCAUGCGUGCUGUUGAAGCCAAAAGGCUUCUUAAUUAGUGUGUUUCCUUCCAGGAUUAGACUCUGUUAAAUGAGUUCUGGGCCUUUCACUCUAAUUGAAUCAAGCUCUGCUACGAGGGGUGGGGAACAUGAGGUCCCUCAGCUGCUGUUGGGUUCCCAGCUUCCACCAUCCAUGAUGGGCUGGGUCUGAUGGGGAGUUCCAAACAUCUGGGAGAGCACAGGUUCCCCACCCAAGCUCUGCACCGAUGAGUGACAAAAGGACUGAGGACCUCAUCCAUCUUCCAUUUAAAAUAAAUAGAAUUGCAGUUGCCUUCAAUAUAAAUAGAGUUAAUUCCUAAUCUAGGGUUGUGGCAAUUUGCCCCCCAUCCCCACCUCUUUUAUCCCCACUUAGGCUUUGAACUUGAAUUGCUUUGAAUAGGAAAACUUGUUUGGUCAUUACCCUUCAAAAUUGGGAGUUAAAGGUGUUGCAAACCAGACCCGAGUGCACUGGUCUCAAUUUGUGUAGGCUCCUUUUUGAAAUGUGAUGCUCAGCGUACCGAUGACAUUCAAAUGAGGGCGUGGGUCAUCAUGAUCCCAAUCCCCCACUAUUAAAACCAUAUCUGCAUAGGGAUGUGAUGGCUCAUGAAAUAAUAUUAUGUUUUCCCCUCCAUAGCUAAGGUCCUGUAAGCAUAUGUCAAUCAUGUUAAUUACUUGUGCGUCUCACCAUCCAGCUGUCAGGAGCUAGACCAGGGACUAAAUGGGUGGCUUUAAUCUGAAAACAGAAGGAAAAUCUGUAGUUGUGCUGCUUUUCUGGCAGUGCUUCCGAAACUUCUGAUCCAAGCCCUGCUGAAACAUUCACCUUUACCUCUGAAGCAAUAGAUUUGCAAGUGAAAAUGUGUUUUACUUGAUUCGCAAUGCGUUACUGAACUCUGUAGCCGAAUGAUAACAAUAGUGCUUACCAAUAUUUUGUCAUUAAACUCAACAAGAUCUGUCUACAAGAUCUUGUACAUUAUCUAGUGGUCUUCCAUCUCGUCACUGUUUUAGAGAACAUAAAGCAGAAAUUUAAAAACAGAGUUAAGAUCGAUAGAAGGGUAGUAUGCUUAGAUACUUUGUAGAUUAUAAAAAUAAAAUUUGGUAUUGCAGAACUUAGCCUGCAUCUGUGAAAAGCUCUGUACUACAUGAAACAUUUUCGUGCUCAGGUCUACAUUAGAUCUGUCAUUUAGGAUAGUACUAUUUCCCUCCAAUGCUAUGUCUGUAAAUAUGAUUCAUCUGUAUAUUAUAGGCAGUGUAAAUGCUCCUAACAUAAUAGUUCCCAAUAACUCAAGAAUCAUUUGAGUUUAUUUUAAUACAUGCUGAUUGUAAUUUUGUAUUUUAUUUUAUUUUUCAUAAAAGCUUUAAAAUAUAUCAGGCUGGUAGUAAUUACAUUUUGAUUACGUAAUGAUUUUAAAAUCCCGGUUUACCAGAUUGACUGUAUUUUUACAUUCAGUUUGUUUGACAGCAAGUAUUAGACCUGGGUUGUUCUUGUUGUUUUAGGAUAGAUUAUUAUUUUAAUGAAAGAGUAAAGAAAACUUUCUUUUCACACAACCACACACAACCAAUCAAAUAAAUUAAAAUAAAACAA